AUGAUUGAAGCAUUAGAAAAUUUUUUUUCUUUUACUUCUAAAACAAAAAUUGAUGGAAUAUUGACGACAACUAUUAUUCAAUUGAUUCGACUUAUUCUUGAAAAUCAAUUUAGUGUCUAUGAAAAUAAAUUAUACCAACAAAUGAUUGGCAGUUCAAUAGAUUCAUCAUUGAUAAGAAUAUUAAUCGAUAUCUAUAUAUUUUAUUGGCAAUAUGAUUUACUUCGCAUAUUAAAUAAGAAGAGAGACAUAUUUUUUAGAAGAGUCUUUGGACGACAUCUCAAUCAAAUAUUUUUUCUUUGGAAUGGAUCAAAAGAUGAACUUUUUACUUUUUUGAAUACAAAAUCUUUAACACAUUCAAAAUAUGAUCAUAUUCGAAUGACUGUAUCCAUGGAUUAUAAGAUACAAUAUUUGGAUGCUGAAAUUUGUGAUGUCGGAAGAAUUCUACAGACAAGAGUAUAUCAUCAUUUAAGUUUUGAACCUUAUGCAUUACCUUAUAUGCCAGAAAUACAAACAAGACCAUCUCAAUCUCAGAUAUUAUUAUUAUUACGUAAUUCUGUUAUUCGUGCUAUACUCUAUUGUUCAAAUGAACAAGAAUUUGAAAAUGAACUAUUAUAUAUUGAAUUAUCAUUUCUUCACAAUGAGAUUUCAUCAUAUCUUAUUCAGAAGAUAAUUGAAAAUUUUUUUAUUGAAUUCCACGUAGUCAAGAAAGAUACUUGUUUGUUUGAUGAAAAUACUUAUCAAGUUCUUCAAUCAUCUAUUCGACAAAAUUAUAAACAAAAAUCGAAAUAUCAUUUAGUAAAAAGACAAUGGCGAUAUUAA